AUGUCACACUUGCAUUUUGGACGGGCCGUUCCCAUUAUUUUUAGGCGAUUUCCACCGUUGAUUUGCCGAGAUCUACUCGGCAAGACUGUGAAAGUGCCACAGGACCUAAAGGGCCAGCUCAACUUACUCGUUGUGGGUUUCAAGGCAUCUCACUACAAGGAUAUGGACUCUUGGAUUUCAUUUGCACGCACGCUUAAAAAAGAUCUUGUUAAAAGGCGCAACAUAGACGAUUCGCAGAUCGAGACCUACAGACUGGUCAUCAGGCACCCGGGCGGUGUGUUGCUCCGCUGGUGGACUGACGAGAGAUUACGCUUUGCAGUAGGCAGGGGGGAUUUCGUACAUGACGAAUGCGAAACAAAGAAGACCACUGAAGAAAACGAAGGGGACGGAAGCACUUCCCUAAGACCACCGGAACAGACCGGCAACGGGGAGAAUGAAAGCGGUGCAGCGGGCUACGCAACAGAAAACAUGCGUUUGUCUGCAUUGCAAGCAGUCCGUUCUAAGACUCUAGUGUGCUUCACUAACAAGAACGCAUUUGUCGAGUCCCUUCAGCUGGCAGACGCCCAGCGGGCUUACAUAUUCCUUGUAGAUAGGGAAGGCGAAAUCUCAUGGUGCGAACAUGAGCAUUACUCCGCUAACAAGGAGAUAGCGAUCCGUGAACUUCUGCAACUGCCGACAGCAGAGGAGCAAGGCUUGCUGACUUCAGAGGAAUUGAGCUCACAACGAAGCCUGCUACCUCCUGUGUGA